AUGUUUGAUAAUAAUAAUAUGAGUAAAGAGCUAAAACAAUUGGAGGAAGAAAAAAAAAAUGUGGAAGGAAAUAAUUUAAAUUUAUUGUUAGGUGAUUUAAAAAUGAUGACAGCUUAUGAAAUGUCAUCUGAAUGGAAAGAUACAAAUAUGAUGAAUGAAUGUUUUAAUAAUUUCUCUUGGUUUGAUUCAAGAAUAUUAAGAAAUAUGCAGAAUUAUUUGAAUGCUGAUGAUGUAGAAAAAUCAAAAAUUGACUAUGCCUAUAAUACAUUAUUUCCAAAACCUAUUGAUAUAAAAGAUACUAAAUUAAAUAUGAUGGCUCUAUGGAUUAAAUCAAGGAUUCAUUACAAUAAUACAUUUUUCCCAUUACAAUUAUCACCCUAUGAUGUUUAA